CACAUAACGUUUCUAGACAGUCUCACAGGUAGAAGUAAACACCCUUCUCUGGGAAGACUUUUAAAGAGCUACGAAGAGCUGGUUUAAUCCCAGAAAUACCAGCGCGAGGACAGAAUAAAAGAAGAGCCAACUUCAAGUGAAGCUGCGGGAAAAAGGAAAAGAAGAGCACGCGUUUUUAAAAAGGCAGUUGCAUCGUUGAAUUUUGAAAAUUUGACAUAAUUUUCUGCCGGGAAACUACAAAAUGAGUGACUUCUGAGCGGCCAAAAAGCAGGGGGAGACCCUUCAGGAAGUUCUUCCGUCGCCUUCAACUUUGAGCAAAAAAAGAGAAGAGGACAAAGAAAGACUAAGUCGAGUAUUAAUUAUAGAGUUACAACGCAGCCAUGGACUCGGGAAAGCAAAUGACCUUCCAGCUGAUGCUGGCUGUGGGAACCGCUGUGAUUGGCUCUCUCCAGUUUGGCUACAACACAGGUGUCAUCAAUGCCCCUCAAAAGAUCAUUGAGACAUUUAUCAAUGAGACCUGGUUUGAGCGAUACAAUGACCCCAUCACCGAAACCACCCUCACAAGUCUCUGGUCCAUUUCUGUUGCCAUCUUCUCAGUUGGUGGGAUCUUUGGCUCCUUCUCGGUCGGACUCUUUGUCAACCGCUUUGGAAGAAAGAACUCCAUGCUGAUGGCUAAUGUUCUGGCCUUUGCUGCUGCUGCUCUGAUGGGCUUUUCCAAGAUGAGCAGCUCCUGGGAGAUGCUGAUUAUUGGCCGCUUUGUGGUGGGCCUCUACUCAGGCCUCUCCACAGGCUUUGUACCCAUGUAUGUGGGUGAGGUUGCCCCCACAGCCCUACGAGGAGCCCUUGGCACCCUCCACCAGCUUGGCAUUGUUGUUGGCAUCCUCAUGGCACAGGUGUUUGGUUUGAAAUCUAUCAUGGGCAGUGCCACCUUGUGGCCACUCCUCCUGGGCUUUACCGUCAUCCCUGCUGUGUUGCAAUGUGCCCUGCUGCCUUUCUGCCCCGAGAGUCCCCGCUUCCUGCUCAUCAACAAGAAUGAGGAGAACAAGGCCAAGGCCGUGCUGAAGAAGCUACGAGGGACCACAGACGUGAGUGCUGACAUGCAGGAGAUGAAGGAGGAGAGCCGGCAGAUGAUGAGGGAGAAGAAGGUGACAAUUCCCGAGCUGUUCCGCUCACCGCUGUACCGCCAGCCCAUCAUCAUCGCCAUUGUCCUGCAGCUCUCCCAGCAGCUGUCUGGCAUCAACGCUGUAUUCUACUACUCCACAAGUAUCUUUGAGAAGGCUGAAGUGCCGCAGCCCGUGUAUGCCACCAUUGGUGCCGGUGUGGUUAACACAGCUUUCACAGUGGUGUCGCUGUUUGUAGUAGAACGUGCAGGACGCAGGUCUCUGCACCUGAUCGGGCUGCUGGGAAUGGCUGGCUCUGCCGUCCUAAUGACUAUUGCCCUGGCUCUGCUGGACAAGCACAAGUCGAUGUCAUAUGUGAGCAUUGUGGCCAUCUUUGCCUUUGUUGCGUUCUUUGAGAUUGGACCGGGCCCCAUCCCCUGGUUCAUCGUGGCAGAGUUGUUCUCCCAGGGGCCCAGGCCUUCAGCUUUUGCCGUGGCAGGCUUCUCCAACUGGACUGCAAACUUCAUAGUGGGCAUGUGCUUCCAGUAUGUAGCGGUGAUUUAUGCGGCCCCUAUGUCUUCAUCAUCUUCACUGUGCUGCUGCUGUUGUUCUUCGUCUUCACCUACUUCAAGGUGCCGGAGACCAAGGGCCGGACAUUUGACGAUAUUUCUGCCGGUUUCCGCCAGUCAUCCGCCACUGGGGGAGAGAAGCACUCUCCGGAAGAGCUCAACAGCCUAGGAGCUGACUCUCAGCUCUGAGCUCUGAGCUCUGAGGGACUGGCUUUGAUUUCUUUACAUCUUCACUUAUCUGCACAUGCCCUGACAAGAACUCCUGCACCCCGUAAAUCCUGUACCUCAGUCCAAAGAGGUACUAGAAGGGGUCUACUGGCUAGAAGUAGACGUAUACACUGGUAGAAUAACUUUCACACUGUCAGCACAUUUCGGGCGUCAAGACCAAGCACCGAGCAGCCUUGCAUGAUUCCUUUAUUUGACGCCUUCUGCUGUGCCUCUCAUAUUAAAUGAAUAAACCCAGAUUUGGUGGGCACUAGGACCUGUGGCCAGUGCAGAGAACGGGGUUGAGGAUAGAAAGAGGAUGGUUUUUAAGGGGGUGUCAACAUCAAUCAAACCUGUUUGAUUGUCUGUUGUCUGUAUUUUGUUUUGCUUUGUUUUUCACUUUUUCCACACCUUACUAUGUUCAUGUUACUUUUCUUUGUUGCCUGUUACAGUACAUUCAGUUUGUUGUAGGCUUGCUAAAGACCGCUAAAACUAGGGAUGAAUUUACACUGUUCAAAAUUUCUUUUUUUUUAUGGUUCAGCAGAGUCUGCAAAGCUUGUUUUAAUGACGUCUUCCUUGCUGUUCUCCAGCAGAGGGCGCCCUAUGCUCUGUCAUAAGGAACGGUUAUGUUUUUGUACGGGAGGAGUUCCUAGAUAUCUCAGUAUAGAGGCUUCAAUAUAUCAGUGCAUUGCUGUGAGGAUCUGUUUAUUUACCUUAUGAAAAUAUUGGAAAGCAGUGCACAUCAUGUAAAUACACCCACCCACACACACACACACACACACACACACACACAUACAUAUGUGUGUUAUAUCUUUGCUCCUGUAAUAUAAGAUUUUAAUUUUUUAAUGAUAGAAAAUAUACGAUUUUUCUAACUGAAAAUAUAUAAAAUCUAAAAUGUAGGUUUUUUUUAACAAGAUCUAUUUUUGGCCAUGAAUGCAGAACAGUUACCAGGUAAUGCGUCAAGGAAACUUAUUCAUGUAUUUUUAUUCUAUUCCGUUUAAGCAAUACAUUUGAUGAAUUUUAUAUGGCAAUGGAAUCAUGUGACUGUACAAGAUCAAUAUCUGCUCAGACCAGUCUCGGGGCUGAACAUGGCAAUGAAGCUGAUUAGUCAAAUCACAUAAGGCUUAUUGUAUGAUAUGAGAUUACACACUCAUAAUCAUAAACAGCAGCCAGUUUGACUGAAGGCAUAUCUCAACACAAAACCAGACUCAGUUCACAAAAGCAGUACAUUCUGAGUUCAAGUUGCCUGUCUGAAACGAUCAAGCCUCCAGUGUAGUAAUAUGUUCCUUUCAGCUGUGUCACGCUGGAGCCAGUCUCAGGUCACAUGCACCCUGGUCUUGACAGAAAGCUCUUCUUUCAGGGGAGGAUCCUCACUCAAAUGUUUUUUUUUGUGUUGAGAUUACCUGUGGAGAGACCAAAGUCCAGUGACUUGGCCUCGAGGCAGUUCUGAUCUUUUCACACAAAUGAGAACUUCUGUUCUUCUGUCACACCCACCCAUGGAGCAGAAGGCAUCAUUUCCCAAAAAAAUAAAGAAAAAAAAGGAAUGGGGACCAAAAUGAAUGAUGUGGCUCUCAGCUUUGUGCAAGGUUUUUAUUCUCCUGAAAGUGCUUUUUACUCUCAGCGGCCCCUGCACUCCAUGUCCAUUGUGUGUUUUUUAGAAGUGGACACUUGUUAUUCCACAACAUGUUUUGUGCUUUGUGCUCUCAACUCUGCAUUGUUGACUCGCUCUCUCUCUUGGAUGUAGCUGGUCAUAUCUCUGUAGUUUGUUUGGCUCUGCCUAAUGACACUUACUGUUAGCUGCAAAAGUUACUGUCUGUGACUGCUGUGCUAUUUGGAUAACUUUUCUUGUCUUUCAGUGUGUUUGAGGAAAAUUAUCUUUUUAGCAGCACUUUAUUCUUCACAAUGAUAGUUGUUUUGUCACUGAAGAAAAAAUCUUGAGCGUGUUCAUGUGUUUCAGUUGCUUUUUACACAGUUACUGAGGAGAGACUGAAAUACUGCUGAAUGAUUACUUGAUGUUAACAUAUUUGAAAUGGAAUUGUAUGAUUUGUUCAUAUCUGUUGAGUUGUUGUAUAAAAACAUAUUACCAGGCAGCAGUUGUCUUUGAUCUAAUACACACAGGCCAGUCCUAAGUGUAUAUGGUAAUAUUCAUGGGCUAAUGGGGACACAGAUCCAAACACAAACCAGGAGUCAACAUUGAUUGUAAUCAUUCCAUGAUUCGUUGUUAGUUACUGGGUCUAAUUAAUGUGUAUUGUGUGGCUGACUUAUAUUUGACAAAAAAAAGAUGCACUUACAGUACCAACUGCCAUCUUUUGCAAAUAACAAAACUGUAUUUUAUGUACAUACUUUUACAAUGCAGUUUGGGCAUUUAAUCUGAAACCCAUGUAGCCUGUUAGCAUGAUGAAGCAUUCUGCAGCUUCUGAAAUCUCCUCAGCACAGGUUGGUGGCCUAAAAAAAAGCAUGGUGUAAAUAAAUCCUACACAUACUCCAGCUGCACCCUGAACAUUUAUUUAACUUUUAGAAACUAUUUCAUAAAUGAAUGAUUAGUUUCCAGCGCUGUACAUCUCUAUAUGCAUUUACUGUCCACACCUGCCUCCUAUUCCCCCAAUUUGAUACCUGAAGAAAAUGUUGCAAGAAAGAGGUAAAGCAGUUUUAUUUCAGAUUUUUACAUAAACUAUGGUGGGAUUGUGAUAAAUAGAUGCAUUCACUAGUGUUUUCUCACUUUAGUGCACAGUAUAUAUAAAAAUGUUUGUAAUAAAUAGCGCACGUGUGUAUGAUGUUGGAAUAUGAACCUCCAGGUCAGUUUUGCUGGAUGGUUCUCUCUGCUUGUUUAAGAUGUAUGUGGAUGGAUGACUGAAUAAAACAAAUCAUGCAUACA